ACUCACACAGAAAUGAACGGAAUGACCAAACUUCUAAAACAUUGAAGCUGAAUAUCAAGCCUCCCCAUCCCACUCCCCAGCAAGCAGCACAGACCUAACCAGCUUAAGACCCCAACUCUGGGGUCCCUCCCUGCCAGAGGCUUCCUGAGGCCUGUGUCACUGAACAUGUUUGGAUUUGCCUUGCCAUCAGCAGAUGAGGCUGCUGUCAGCUAAUAAAUAGCUCAUUACUCAGUGGAUUAAGGUAGAAAGUGGACCUUCAGCGCUCAAAAGAUGGCCCCAGGCCAGCAAAUGACACGCCCAGGUGGAAGGCCCCAGGGAGCAGAGCUUCUCUAAAAUGUUGCCAUCUGGAUCAACAGGAGGGCGAGGCUGCUGAGUCAAAGGGCAGAGGAGUGUGGAGGAAAGGAACACCAGAUUUGGUGUCAGGAAGUCUAGACUGAAGGGCCUGCCCCACCACUUACUGGAUGGCCUUGACAGUGAUGCAGCCUCCCUGAACUUCAGUAUCCUGGUCGUCUCUGAAGUGCAGAUUGCCAUCCCGGCCGCUGGGGCAUUGAGAGAAUUGAUAUAUGGCUGGAACGAGAUAAGUGUGCCGGUCCAACAAAAGCCCCUGGGUCUGUUUGACUUGUUCAAGUGUCCACUGUGGAAGGAUUUGGGGAACCUGAAAAUACUAUGUACAGAUAACAUUUUUUUAAAAAAAGAAGAAAAGUAGAAGCACUUAAAUUCUGCACUUGAAGAGACAGAUUCCUCUCCUAGAUUUUGAGAGGUAUGUGAAUGGCCAUGCAAAAAAACAUUAUGAAGAUGCACAAAUACCCUUAACCAACCAUAAGAAAUCAGAAAAGCAAGAAAAAGCUCAGCACACAGUGUGUAUGGAUUGCAGUAGCUACAGUGCAUACUGUUAUCGCUGUGAUGAUUUUGUGAUUAAUGACACCAAGCUGGGACUGGUACAGAAAGUCAGAGAACACUUACAGAACUUGGAAAACUCAGCUUUCACAGCUGACAGGCAUAGGAAAAGAAAACUUUUGGAAAACUCAUCACUGAACAGCAAGUUACUAAAAGUAAAUGGAAGCACCACUGCCAUUUGUGCCACAGGCCUUCGGAAUUUGGGGAACACGUGUUUCAUGAACGCCAUCCUUCAGUCACUCAGUAACAUUGAGCAGUUUUGCUGUUAUUUCAAAGAACUGCCUGCUGUGGAGUUAAGGAAUGGGAAGACAGCAGGAAGGCGAACGUACCACACCAGGAGCCAGGGGGACAACAAUGUGUCUUUGGUGGAAGAGUUUAGAAAGACACUCUGUGCAUUAUGGCAAGGUAGCCAGACUGCAUUUAGCCCAGAGUCCUUAUUUUAUGUUGUUUGGAAGAUUAUGCCGAAUUUUAGGGGCUAUCAGCAGCAGGACGCUCAUGAGUUCAUGCGCUACCUGUUAGACCACCUGCACUUGGAACUCCAGGGCGGUUUCAACGGUAUUUCCCGCUCAUCAAUUCUGCAAGAGAAUUCUACUCUGUCUGCAAGUAACAAAUGUUGCAUAAAUGGAGCAUCUACAGUUGUCACGGCUAUAUUCGGAGGCAUUCUCCAAAAUGAGGUUAACUGCCUCAUAUGUGGGACAGAAUCUAGAAAGUUUGAUCCAUUCCUAGACCUUUCAUUAGAUAUUCCAAGUCAGUUCAGAAAUAAGCGCUCUAAGAAUCAAGAAAAUGGACCAGUUUGUUCAUUACGAGAUUGUCUUCGCAGUUUUACCGACUUAGAAGAACUUGAUGAGACAGAGUUAUAUAUGUGCCACAAGUGCAAGAAGAAACAAAAGUCCACUAAAAAGUUUUGGAUUCAGAAACUACCCAAGGUGCUAUGCUUACAUUUGAAAAGAUUUCAUUGGACAGCAUAUUUAAGAAACAAAGUUGAUACAUAUGUAGAAUUUCCCCUGCGAGGCCUAGACAUGAAAUGCUACUUACUAGAGCCUGAGAACAGUGGCCCGGAGAACUGCCUCUACGACCUUGCUGCUGUGGUGGUGCACCAUGGUUCCGGGGUCGGUUCUGGACAUUACACAGCAUAUGCAACUCACGAAGGUCGCUGGUUCCAUUUCAAUGACAGUACUGUAACACUGACUGACGAAGACACCGUCGUGAAGGCCAAGGCCUACAUCCUGUUUUAUGUGGAACGCCAGGCCAAAGCUGGGUCGGAUAAACUUUAAUACCUCCUCCAAAUCAUUAUUCGUCAACUAUACCGGACAAACAUUUCCAAUUUUCCAUAAAUACUUGAUCCAAGAUUUAAUUUCAUUAUGCACUUUUCAGUUUCCUAUUUUGGGUUUAGUUUUAUUUUGUCAAUGGUAGUGACUUAUUGAACAUGGGCACCAACUAAUUUUUUUUUUUAGUUCUACCAGAAAACCUCAGCAGAUAUUUUGAUUUGCUGCUUUAGUUGUAAUAAUUCAGUUUUUAUAUGUAGUUUCAAGAACUUAGUUCUAUUUGACUUUUUUAUAUUAAUGUUCAGUUCUCACUUUGAGGCACAUUUACAUCAAUGCAUUGUUACUCUCACAUGCUGAAAGAAAGGUAUGUUCCUGAUCGUGAAGAGCAACGUAACCACCUGCUGCCUUCUCACAGCUGUAACGGAGAUCAGGUUGGCUCAAAAUCAAGGAUCCUGUGUGCACGUAAUUUGUGGCCCACGAGAUUUCAGUGACUGCUCAGUAAUCAUUCUUUUUGCUUGUAAAAGAUAACUGAAAGGGCAUCAUUAAGUAGACCAGUAAUUGCUGCUCUUUGUAUCUCUCAAAGCUGCUGUUUAUCAGCACUAACUAACUAAAUUUGUUGGUUCAGUUGUAACUAUAUUGCAAAUUCAAGAAUUACCUUUUUUUUUUUUUUUUUUGGUUUUGGGGUAUUUUCAUAGAGAUAGGGGUACUGAAAACUCCCAGUAAGGCCAAAUACACUUAAGUGUUUAAAAAAUUCCAUGACUCGGCUACAUGUUAUCCAGGUGUUAUUUAUCCACUGCCGUGAAACCAUAGCUUCUGUUCGCCUUUUUGAGUCAGCACCUAAUUCCCCGUUAGCUGUAGCACUGGGAUUAACUGCAUGUCCACUGUAGUCUUACUUCUUACUUGGUCACCUGAGGUUGAGUUGCUACCCUCCAGAGUUGAUUCUGACCAUCACCUAAACAUCGGGUAAUACUGUAGGGUCUGCUUCCACAGAAGGAAACUAAAGUCUUUACUAGUCUAAGUUUUAACAACUCUCAUUGGCCUAUCCUCAUAGCAGAGCAACUGAAAAUAUUUUCACUUUGAAUAAGUAGAGUUUCUAUUCUUGAGGUUAGUAGUCUGUUUUAAAUUUUCAAGAAAAAUAGGCACCAGCACUAUUUAGAUUUAACUCAAACUGAAAUCUGGAACCAGAAUCCCAUCUAAUGAAGGUAACUGUGCUUUCUGCAAGUGCUCCAAGCCAGCACGCACAUUUUCAUGUUCAUUCCUUGUCCCAAUCAUUAUUUUCCUCCCUUCCCAAUUCUCUACAAGUUGUUACAAGGGGCAGAAUGUAUUUCAUGUUAAGCCAGCCAACCGGACUUUUUGCUAUUCUUGUUUUUCUGUUAAAAGAAAAAAAUAGUCCAGAUAAUUUAAGUGUAUGAAUGUAAAAGAAAGUUGGGUGGCUAUCCUCCUAGGUCGGAUAUUUGCAGUUGCAGGAGCAGAUGUGCUCCAUUUCCACUUUAAUAUUGGCCGGAUAAAUCCCACAUUUUCUCAGAGCAGAACACAUCUGCUAUAUACUUUAACUAGGAGCAAAUUACAAUUAUGUCUAAACUUGCACUGUCCAAUACAGCAGUCACUGGCCACAUAUGGUUAGCUAAAUGUUAAUUUUAAUUAAAAAUAAAUUAAAAACUCAGUUCUCCAGUCACACUGGCCACAUUUCAAAUGCUCAGCAGCCACAUGUGGCACAGGACCGCCCUGUGGUCUGGGACAGUUCCACCUGUGUGCAGAACCCUCUCAGACAGCACUGGUCUGCACUUUCACUCCAGAGAAAAAAGCUCUGCCAUCGUGUUUAAGUCUUACAACUUAGAAACAGAGAGCCUAGAAUUAAGAGGGAAACAUGUAUUUAAAACAGUUCACAAUGUUAAAUUACACAGGUCGAGCCAUGUGAAAUUCUAUUUGACUGUUUUUGAUCUACAAAAAUGACAGUUUCACAUAAUUUGAUCUACUAUAUCAGUACAUUAACACCACAUGUCAUUGAACUUGAAACGUGCAUCUCCUUUGAUCUCGCUCCUAUGAGUCCAGGAUCUUUUGUUUAGAAGGUACACAGCUGUGACUUCUAACAUUUGCACUUAAAUCAUUAGUCUCUGGACAGGCAGCAGUUAUAACUCCAGCAAGAAAGCCUCGGGCAGUGUUGAUGGAGGAAAGUGGCCUUUAUACCAAAUGGAACUUACAACAGACUAGACUACUUUGUUGGGGAAAGUGGUCCUCACACAGGCAACACUGUUGGCUUAGGAAAUGAACACAUCUCCUCUCUGAAUUCUGUAGUGUUUUUAUUUCUUGAUUUUACUUCAGCAGACAGGUUUGAAGGAUAUCAUGAAGGUUCUUUGGAAAAGUGACUGGAUCCAUGUGAACUGUGCACUUGAACACCAGUGAUGUAAAUGUGCCUAUCUGUAUUUUGAAAAUUUAACUGUGCAGCUUUAUCACGCCUAUUUCAAAAGCUGACUUCGUGCUCUUCGGGGCUCUUCCCUUGUGCCGUGUUGUCUCUAGCAUGUUUGUGGCUUCUCGCUCAGAGAGCAGUGCUGAGGCAGGGCCUCAGGCCGAGUCACAGGGCUCCUCGGAACAAGAAAACUUUCUCAGAAGUCCUCCCACACAGGUGGGUGACAGAAACAGUUUGUGGCAACACAAAUCUCUCUCCAUGGUGGAGAAACUUUUGCUUAUCCACUGUAUUCUACUCAGUGUCUAGUGAUGACAAAUGUAAUAGAAUAAAACCAGUAAAGUCUAUGGGCCCUGGUUAAGUGUUAAAUGUGUAUCUCACCUGUGGAACCUGCUCAGCAGCUUGGUUUCUGGGGUUGGGGACAUAUUUAUUUCUUAAAGCCAAACCUCUUCUUCAUUGGUUUAGUGUAUGUACAUAAGUCUAUUUAGAUAUACUUAUCCCACUUCCACCUCCACCGUCCCCUAAACUUUCUCACAUCCCCCCUGUUGCUGAAGUGGCCUCUUCACACAGGCCCUGGAGAAGCUCCUGAGCAAAGUCCGUUCCUGCAUCCAGGGCAUGGGUCCCAAGGGAUGAGCGUAUGGCCGCAGGAAGGUGCCCAUAGAACAGGAAGGGGUGGGCGUGGGUGGCGUCAUGCUGUGGUCCAAGGUCUGUGCAUCACCUCACGGGUGCAGUACCGUCCCCCUCAGGUCUGACUGUGACGGACUCCAGACUGCCCUCUGUGAGUGUUGGUUGUGUGUGACGUAAUCAUUUCCACUAAAACCUAGUCUGUAUGAUGCUGAGAGGUUUAACUGUGCAAGUGACUGAUUUCAUUUAAGUUGUAAUCACAUCCCUUUUCUGCUUCACCAACCUGAACUGUUUUAUGGAAAGUAUCAUUAAAGAUCUGGUCUCUUUC